AUGCGAUUUGAAUGGAGCUCUUGCAUUGGAGCUUCGACCGCCGCAUAGAAACGUUAUAAAACACACUGCUUUCCAGGAGCAAUUGUCGGUGAUUUAGAUCGAAAUUAAUUGAAAAUUUGCGGUGCCCAUAAAUCAAAAGAGCGCGGAAUUGGAAUCGGCAUCGGAAUCAUCAUACAAGUGUAUUGUGUAACCUUUCGAGACGAUGACAAUAGACCAAAAGAAGGCGACGCGGGUGGGUUGCCUUUGAUCAUAUGAUUGCAAAAAGUGGAAGAAAACCUAAAAAAAACAUAGCAGUCCGCAAAACAUUUCGUUUGCCAGAAACGAAAACAACAUUACGAAAAUCGAAAGGACAAAAUAUAUACAACAUAUUUUGCCCUGGUAUUGUUCAAUAUCUCCACCAUGUACACAAUCAACAAGGGACCCAGCAAAAUCGUUGCUAAAACGCGUCGCGGCCUGGCACAAAAUUUUGAAAAAUUUGAAAGCAUCAAGGAGAGCGGCCGAAAGAACGCCAGUUUUGAUCUGAACAGUCCCGAGGAGCACAAAAACAUACCGCGUCCGGUGUUUCAACAGAGCUUCGCCUCCAAGCGGAUAACGCCGACCAAACUGAUCGAGGAUGAGGUGAUAACGCCGCAGCAUGAGGAAAUUAUACGUUACAUAAAUGAUUCCUGGAACAUGCUGGUAGCAAAGAAUCCCUACGACUCAAGCGCAACCGCCAAGCCCGUCGAUAAACCGGUGGCAGAUGCCAACAACAACAACGCGGCCAGCCCGGUGGAGAGCAUCAUCGCCAAUACGCCGGUACACGCAUCCUCGACAGCAACUGUUUGGGUGGAGCCGCCGAGUCCAGUGCUGCAGGACUUCAAGCCGUUCGAUCUGGAAUCGUGGUGGGGACGUCGCCUGUUCCAAAAUAUUACCAAGAGCCUCUAAAAAGGAUCCAGCGAUCAAAAGAGAGAAAUAGCCUGCUCUUUGGUAAUUCCUAGAUAGCCAGUGCUUCCUUUUGUACAUGGACAUAGGCAAAAUCACACUAGAUGAUAAAUAGAUUGAUGAUAUCUGUAGACGAGGUGAGAUGAGAAACUUGCUUAGUUUUCGGUUAGUGGCUAAGUAAAUAUCACUUUGGAAGUUAGUAGUUAGGUAGCCUAUGCUGUGGAAAGUCAAGGAUUAGUUUCUGCUUUUUUAAUACGCGUGUAAAUGAAGUAAAUUAAGAGUCGUCGCCGUUGGCCAAUGUAAAUAAUACGAUUUCUGAUUUGCACUUAAGAAUGUGUUAUAGAGUUGUAAGAAACGUAUCAUCUGGUUUGCUUGCCAGUUUUUAAAAUCAACACUCUUGUGAAUUGUAUAAAUAAUAAGGUUCAGAUUGACAUCAAAUUUAUAAAUCCAUUUUGGUUUCACUCAUUGUUGUAAUUCAGCUCACAAUAAUUGCCUGUAUAUAUAUUAAAAAAAAUUUGAUUUUACUUUGUGAACUCUAGUUAAGAUUUAGUAAUAUCCAAAGUAGAAAUUGGUUGAGCUGAUUUCUCGCCUCUGGCAUCGCAUGUAUUUAGUUUCUCAUUCUAGAUUGUUCUAUGUUUAGCAUAAAUAAAAAAUUCAGCAUGCAAAUAA